GGUCAGUCGAGGUAGCCCUUCCGCGCAACUACCAGGAAGAACCCAAACAAACAAUCCCCUCACGUACGCGUUAGCCGGCCUUCUUCUCCCACGCCCCACCGCCCCUCCUCGAUUCCUCCCGGCGGCGAGCGCACCGAGGAAGUGAUGAAUCCCUUCGCGAAGAAGCCAACGCCGAGAGAGGCGAUCAGGAACAGCAAGCGGGAGCUGACGAACGCGACAAGAGGUAUUGAGAGGGACAUUGGGACAUUACAGCAAGAGGAAAAGAGACUGGUUGCUGAAAUCAAAAGGACUGCAAAAACUGGCAAUGAGGCGGCAACUAAAAUUCUGGCCCGUCAACUGAUCAGGUUAAGACAGAAAAUAUCUACUUUACAAGGUAGCCGAGCUCAGAUUCGUGGCAUUGCGACACACACACAGGCGAUGCAGGCCAACACUUCAGUCUCUGCUGGCAUGCAGAGUGCGAGUAAAGCGAUGGGAGCUAUGAACAAGCAAAUGGAUCCCGCCAAGCAAAUGAAGGUAAUGCAAGAGUUCCAAAAGCAGUCAGCACAAAUGGAUAUGACGAACGAGAUGAUGUCUGACUCAAUCGACAAUGUCUUAGACGAUGAUCAGGCUGAGGAUGAAACUGAAGAGCUUGCUAACCAGGUGCUCGACGAGAUUGGUGUUGACGUUGCCUCACAGUUAUCCCCGGCUCCCAAAGGAAGAAUUGCUGGAAAGAAGGUUCAGGCUGAUGAGAGUUCGGAAUUGGAGGAGCUCGAGCAGAGGCUGGCUGCUCUGAAAAAUCCAUAAAGUGACUCCCCUUUGCAACCCUCUCUCCACGCAGAGUGCCUAGGCUUCAAAUUCUUGUUGGGGACCUGAAAGACAUUUUGCAUUUGUGAAUAUUGGAUGGGGGAUGGUUUACUAGAAAGUGAGGGGCAGAUGACGCCUCCAGAGUUUGACCUUAAGGGAGUCCUGUAAAAAGCUUGAUUGCUUGGCUAUUACUGUAGCCAUGCAGGCUGGAACUGAUGAGUUUAUGCUUCGAUGGAGUUAUUUGUUUGGGUAGUUACAGUGCUUAGUGUAAAAAGUCGAGAUAUUUCAUAUAGUAUCUGUCAGGGCCCUCCCCCUAGCCCAUGUGGGCUUGCCUUUGGACAUCACUUGGGCCUGGCCCGGCUGGGAAUCCUCUGGCCGAUGCAGCUACAAAUACUUGGGCAAAAGCAACGAACAACCUAUCCAGUGGAUCACGGACCAACCCGACGGCGGCUACCCUCUUUUCGGACGGGGCUUGCCUGCUCUCGUCCCGUGCUCCCAUACUCCCCUUCGCUAAUUCUUUAUCUAACGGCUGCGCCAGUUUUCCUCCCUCGCGUGUCUUUUUUCUGGGAAAAAAACACACGAAGCUCUCGUAUUUCCGUUUGCCCCAAUACGUAUUCGUUCCUCCUUUUUCGCCUUCCCUGCCGACAGUCGACCGUCUGGAGCGGAGGCAUCGAGUGGAUCUGCUACCGCCCCGUAUCGUCGUCGCGGCCUCCAGGAGGUCCGCCGGCGUGAAAGGAGGAGCGCGGCAAGCCUGAGUUGGGCUGAAGCUUCUGUCACAGCUAUGGCCCCGCGCCCGUCCCAGAUUGCGGCUUCUCCCGUCGCAAGACCGGCUCCCCGUCUUGAUUCGUCCUCGCGCCAAAGGCCAGGUCUUGGAGUUGCUAGCAGCCAUGGUGGAGCUCGGGUCGGGAUAGUGGAGGUGUGCCGCCACUGAAGACCACGGCGGCGGUGGCAGGGCAGAGGCCGCGGCGAGCGACGAGGGCGGCCGCCAUCCAGCGGGUCUUCGGGGCCCCGACACCAUUCACGCAGCUGCCGACCUCGCCUGCUGCGCGCCAUGGAUGAGCCCACAAUUCAACUAAGUGAACAAACUACUCCUUAGAUCGAUGCAUGCAAAGUCAUAUGGUUGGAUUGAUCCUCGUCCAGGUGACAAUGGCGCUCCAUUACCAUAGUCAUCGACUACUGGUCUGUUUGUCAGCUUGGGAGUACUUUGUGAGGCCUUGAAGUCACACUUGACCUCUACAAAUCUUUUAUCCGCAACUAGGCGCUCAAAAUGCUCGAAAAAACAGAGGAAAUGGUGCAACUAGUUCAACAAGAAGGACAAGAACAAUGAAAAGAGGAGAUAAAGAAGAAUACGAGUCCGAUUUCUUACUUUUGGUCCUGAAGAUCCAUUGCCGUGUUCAUGGUUCUCAUGACCACUGCUUGAAGAAGCCAUAGAGGACAAUGAUUUCCUUACUUUAAACCUCGGAUCGCUUGAUAUUUGCACACUUUGCUAUCUGCCUGAAUUUGGUUUGUGGAUGCAAUCAGGCUCCAGAUUGAAAUCUCUUCCGCCUGGUAUUUA